AUGCAUGUAUCCAUAUGUUCAAAUGAAUCAAUUAAACAAUCAAGAUUUGAUGACCAGAUUAUGACAACGUCACGGACAUCAAUGGUUAAUAUUCAUUGUCCUCCAUCAUCAUCUCAUGGAUGGCAAGUUGAAAGUGGUUAUUAUUCAGAUUCAUACAAUAACUCCUCCUCUUCGAUGUCAAAUACAAAACAACAAACAUCAAUACAAUAUAGUGUUCAUCCAACAUCGUCAUCCUGUUGUACAUCGUUAAUACCUCCGCCACCAUCAACAAAUUUAUUUCACAGAUCAUCAUGUCAUAAACGACAUCAUCAAACUACUAAAGACAUUAUUUUAUGUUCAUGUACACAUCAUCCAUAUCUUCAACAUAAAAUAAAUGUUAACAAUAAUCCGAAUGUUACAACGAAUGCCGCACUUUUAUGUACAAUUGAUCGAUGUAUACAUUCGAAUACAAAUAUGAAACCUAUAUCUGAACAUUAUAUUGAACAAUCAAAUUCUUCAUUAAAUGAUUCAAAUACAUCACCACCAAUAACAAGCAAUGAUGAUGAAGAAUCAGGAAGUCAUUCUGGAAUGGAUUCAACUGUUUUAUCACCACUUCUUACACCACCACAAAUACCACCUCCACUACCACCGCCUCAUCCUCCUAUGAUUCCUGUUGAUCACACAACAUUACUCAGUCAGAUCAAAACAACAACACGUAAUUCGAUUCUUUUGUGCGGUGAUAACACUUCAACGACAACUAAUGCCUAUAUGGCUGAUAGUGGUUUUGAUUCAUCAAGUUCACAUGCCGUUGCCCCAUCUGCGCCUCCACCAAUACCAUCAUCAACACCUUGUACUGCUUUCAUGAUACAAACACAAACCGGCAAUGCUCUCUUAAUACCACAUGCACAAGGUACAUUAAUGUCUUCUUCGACUAUUGAUCCAAACGGUAGUAAUAUUAAUAAUGGUACACUUCCUCUUCGAUCUUCCGCCUACUCAUGUCCAAAUUCUACUCAACUAACAACAACAAUGUCAACUAUUGAUCGACCACACUCUAAUUUAUCAAAUGUCUAUCAGACAAUUGAUGCCGACAGUCAUCGUGAAUAUGUAAUUCAUUCAAAUGACAAUAAGAAUGAGAUCUUUCCUGAUACGCCAUUACUGCCUUGUUUUCGAAAUAAUUGUUAUGUUUAUCCGUUGGAUCAUCAUCAUCAUCAUUCCCAUUCACAUAUUCGUUGUAAUUGUGAUUCAACAACAUAUAAUGAACAAACAACAACAACAACACGACAAUCAACACAUUCACCAUGUCCAUUAUUUAAUAAUUCAUCAUGUCGAUUAAAAAAACGAAAAACUGAUGAAAAUUAUUUUCAAAGAAAUUUUUUUUCAUGGAAAACAAUUGCCAUUAUUUUUAUUUUAACAACAUUAUGUUUCUUAAUAUCAACUAUUUAUUUAUCAAUCAUGCAUUUUUAUCAUCCAACAUUUCGAGAAAUCAAUUUAACACAACCAAAAAUUCGUCAACAAAAUUUAUUUUAUGGUAAAACGACACGUUUCAUUCGUAUUGGUGAUAAAAUAAAAGAAACGAUUGAUUCACAAUCAAGUACACAAUUACAGUUUUAUAUUGAACGAACAACUUCAAUACAAUUUAAUUUUACAGCUAAUCGACAAGCAAAUUUUGGUAUUUAUGGUAAACGAUCGAAUUCACCAAGUUUAACUCAAUUUGAUUUUUUUCAUUCGUUUCAUGAAAAUCCUCAACAACAACAACAACAUCAUCUUGUACGUCGAAGUUUAUCACAAAAUCGAACAUCACAAAUCUAUAUAACAAAUUUUAAUGAUGAACAAUUAAUACUUUUAUUUAAUGAAUUAUUAACAACAGGACUUUGGUAUAUAACAAUAAUAAAUGAUGGUUUAUUUAAAGAAAAAUUUCAAUUAAGUAUUGAACAUAUUGAUCAAAAAAAUGAACGUACAUGUUUAAAUAAUUGUAAUAAUCAUGGUAUUUGUCAACAUGGUAUAUGUAUAUGUUAUCCAUCCUAUACAGGAUCGGAUUGUUCAAUUGCACAAUGUACAGAUUUAUGUAGUGGACAUGGUGUUAUUGAAUAUGGACAAUGUCGUUGUCAAGAAGGUUGGCAUGGUGCUGAAUGUCAAUUAAUGUCCAAUCAAUGUGAAAUAAGUAAUUGUAAUAAUCGAGGUACUUGCAUUGCUGGUCAAUGUGUUUGUCAAAGUGGUUAUCAAGGAAAAUUUUGUGAACAAAUUUCAUGUCAAAAUGUUAAUUGUAGCGAUCAUGGUAUAUGUAUUGAAGGAAAAUGUCGUUGUUUUCAUGGAUAUACCAAUGAUGAUUGUUCAUUAUUAAUUCAUUCACAAUGUGAUAAUCGAUGUUCAGAACAUGGACAAUAUGUUGAUUAUCCAAAAUCAAUGUGUAUUUGUGAUAAUAACUGGACAGGUGAAGAUUGUUCACAACCAAAAUGUAAUAUUGAUUGUGGUAUUCAUGGAAAAUGUUCUAUGAAUAAUAAAGAUAAAUGUCAAUGUGAUGAUGGAUGGAUAGGAGAAAAUUGUAUGAAAAAGAUUUGUUCAAGACUAUGUAAACAAUGUGAUAAUAAUGGAACUUGUUUAUGUCAAAAUGGAUAUACUGGUCGAUAUUGUCAAAUAGAUGCUUGUCCAAAUAAUUGUAAUGGACAUGGAGAAUGUAAAAUAAAUAAAUGUAUAUGUCACACUAAUUGGUUUGGACCAGAAUGUCAAUUUACAAUUGAAAAUAAUUGCAACGAUCAAAUCGAUAAUGAUAAUGAUGGUCUUAUUGAUUGUCUUGAUCCUGAUUGUUGUUCAUCAAGUCGAUGUCAAUCAACUAUAGAAUGUAUUUCAAGAACAACUGCUAAAGACAUAUUAUUAAGACGUCAAGCACCAAGUCCAUCUGCUUCAUUUUUUGAACGUAUGCAAUUUUUAAUUCAAGAAGAUGGAUUACAAACAUCAUCGAUUUAUACAUCAUUUAAUGAACGACGAGCAUCAGUUAUACGUGGUCAGAUAUUUUAUAAAAAAUUUCUUCCACUUAAUGGUGUUAAAGUUCAAGUAUUUAAUAAUCCAAAUCAAGGCUAUACAAUAUCAGAUAAAGAUGGAUUUUUUAAUUUAUUAAUUAAUGGUGGUGGUUCAGUACUUAUUCAAUUUAUUCGACAACCAUUUCAAACCAAACAAUAUGCAUUCAUUGUACCAUGGAAUACUUUUCUUCAUAUUGGUUAUAUUUAUAUGGAUGAAAUUAUUGAAAAUAAUAUGUGUCAUAGAAAUCUUUCUGAAAUUCUUCAACCAAAAUUAUGGGAUACUAGUCUUGAUAGAAGUUUUAUAACAAAUAAUAAAUUUGAUUAUGCAUAUACAUUAGGUUCACAAAUAAUUCGUCAAUCAAUAUCAAUUGAUAAAAAUGAUUUACCUAUAAAAUUUAUUUAUUUAAGUUCAUCAAGUACAAGACGUUAUCAAUCAAUAUUAACAAUUGUAUUAACAGGAGAUUAUAUUGAUGAUGAUUUAAUACAAAUACAUUUAAGUAUAAGUAUUGAAGGAAUUUUUUUUAUGAAAAAAUUUCAUGCAGAUACAAAUUUAAUUUAUGAAUAUGAAUGGUCAAGAAGAAAUGCUUAUGAUCAAAAUGUACAUGGUUUAGCUGAAGCUAUUGUUUCAAUUGGAUAUGAAUAUGUGAAUUGUAAUCAAAUUGAUUGGUAUCGAAAAUCAGUAAAAAUUACUGGACAAGAUAUUCCAACAGCAAAUAUUGGUGGAUGGACAUUUAAUGUUCAUCAUAAAUUAAAUAUUCAAUCAGGUAUUCUACAUAAAGGUGAUGGAACAAAUAUGUUACUUACAGAUUCACCUCUUCAAUUUUCAACAUUAAUUGGUAUGCGUGAUCAAUCACGUUCAAUUGAUUGUCGAAAUUGUUAUGAAAAUCCAGCAUUAUUAACUAAAUUACUUAAUCCAACAAGUUUAACUGUUAGUAAUGAUGGUACAAUAUAUAUUGGUGAUUUAAAUAUAAUAUGGAUGUAUCGAUCAACAAAUAAUCUUGUUAAACCUGUACUUGAAUUAAAUGAACAAUAUACAUAUAAAUAUUAUUUAACAACAGAUCCUGUUGAUGGUCGUUUAUAUAUAUCAGAUUAUCAUCGUCGACAAAUAAUACGUUUAAUAAAAACAGAUUCUAUUGAAAAUUUAAAACAAAAUUAUGAAAUUGUUGUUGGUGAUGGUCAUUAUUGUACCUUAGAUUUAAUUUAUAAUAUAACAUGUGGUGAUGAACAAUUAGCAAAACAUGUUUCAUUAUCAUAUCCAAAAGGUUUAACAAUUGAUCGUUAUGGAACAAUUUAUUUUAUUGAUGGACAACGUAUAAGAAAAUUAAGUAUUGAUAAUAGUCAUGUUACAAAUCUUAUUGGAUCAUAUGAAUAUCAAAUUGAUUAUCAUAAACAAUUAUCAUGUAAUCGAACUUAUUCACUUGAUCAGUUUAAACUUUAUAAUCCAACAACAUUACAUAUUCAUCCACUUGAUGGUGAUUUAUAUGUACUUGAUGAUAUGUAUUUAUAUCGUAUAAGAAUUAAUUUUAAUCUUAUUGAAAUAAUUCUUGGUCAAUCAUUAAAUUGUUUAAAUAAUGAAAAUUUUAUUCAAUUAAAUAAUCCAAUUGAUUUUUCAUUUAAUUAUCAAGGUGAUUUAUUUAUAUUAGAAAAAUUUAAACCAUUUAUUCGUGUAUUACGUUCAUCAAAUAAUCAAUUAGAAAAUUUAAAUCUUAAUUUAAAUAAUAUUAAAAUAAAUCUUGCAUCAAUUAUUAAUUAUCCUGAUGGUUCAAUCAUUCUAACAAAUAUUCCUUCAAAAGAAAUAUUUAAAUUAAAAUCAAUAUCAUUAACAAAUGAAGAUGAACAAAAUAAUGGUUUAAAUAUUCAUUCAACAGAUAAAAAUGAAAUUUAUGUUUUUAAUAGAGUUGGACAACAUCGAGCAACUAUUGAUGCAUUAACAGGUGAAACAAUCUUUAAUUUUACAUAUGAUUCUCCUCAAAAUGCUUAUGGUAAAUUAGAAUCUAUAAACUAUCGUAAUGGUAAAAGUUUAUUAUUAAAAUAUGAUUAUGCUAUGCGUAUAAAUGAUAUUAUUCAAAUGCCAAGUGGAAAUAAGUUAAAAAUUAAUUUUUCUAAACAAAAAUUUUUCUCAUAUAUUAUUGAUGAUAAUGGUUUAUCAACACAAUUUUUAUAUGAUAAUGGAUUAUUAACAGGAAUAAUUAAAAAUAAUAUAAUUAGAAAUCAUUUUAUUUAUAAUAAAGCUGGACAUAUUCAACAAAUUAUUCAUGAAGAUGGUUAUUACAAUGAAUUAAUUACAUCAGCUAAUCAUUCAUUUUAUCGAAUAGAUAUUAUUAAUCCAAAUGAAAAUACAACUUAUUUAAUGAGUAAAUCAAAAACAAUUCAAUUAAAAAAUAAUAAACCACGAUUAAUUCGUCGAGAUUUAUCAAAUUCUACAAUAGUAAUUUCGACAUUAAAUCCAUUAGUAAAAUUAAUUUCAAGCUCAAAUCGUUCAUUAACUUUAAAAAGUCGUCAUCAAACAAUUGAAUUUAAUUCAACAUUUCAAUUUUCAAAUUCAUUAAUUUAUUCAGUUUUACCUUAUGAUAAUGAACAAAUACGUUCUUGUCAUUUAAAGAUUAAUAAUAAUAUUGUUUUAACAAUGUUAUUUGAUCAUUUUGAAAAAAAAUUAAUUAUACAAGAUUAUAAACAAAAUGAAAUUUUAACAAUGAUGUAUUCAGAUAAAUAUCGUUUAAAAUCAAUAAAUACACGAGGAUUUUUACCGAUUAGUUAUACAUAUAAAGAUAAUGAUCAAAAAUUAUCCAGUUGGAAAAUUGGUUUAUAUUAUGAAGAAUUUUUAUAUGAUACACGUGGACGUUUAAUUGAAAUACAACGUUUUAAUGAUCUUGCAUCGAUUAAAUAUAGUUAUGGUAAUGGAGAACAACCUGUUGGAAUAACUUAUGGUUCUCAAUCGAGUGUUAUGUUACGUAAAGAUUCAACAGGAAGUAUAACUGGUAUAAUAAUGCCAAAUCAAGCUGAACAUACAAUUGAAUAUCGAACAUAUUUCAAUGGUUAUCGUUUAAUUUAUUCUGGUUUACAUACACAAAUAUGGGAAUAUGAUUCUAAAUCUAAUUUACAACGAAUUUAUUUUCCAUUUCAACGAAUAAUAACAUAUAAAUAUGAUGAAAAUAAUCGUUUAAUUUAUUCAUUUACUGAUGGUUGUAAAAUAUCAUAUAAAUAUUUAAAUUUUCAAAAACAAAUUCAUAUUGAAUAUCCACGUGGACAAAUUUAUGAACAAAUCUAUGAAUAUAAUAAUAAUAAUUCAUUACUUAAUAAUUUUAUUGAUUAUUAUUAUGAUAAAUAUUCAUAUAUAAUUUUAUUUAUUAAAUAUAAUACAAUAAAUUCAUUUGAAUUACGUUUAAUAUUUUCUAAAGAAUAUCAUAGAAAUUUUCUUGAAAAUUAUUCAACAAUUUAUCAAUUAAAUUAUACAUUAAAUUAUAAUGAAAAUUUUGGUUAUUUACAAUCAAGUACAUUUAUACGUUUAACAUAUCCAACAAUAUAUGAAUGUUAUAUAAAAGAUAAUUUGAAUUUUAUAACAAUAUCACGUCGUAUUGAUGAAUAUAAACGUUUAAAAGAAAUAAAUUUUAAUUAUAAAAAUCAAAAACGUUUAAAUAUGGAAUUUAUUUAUAAUAAUAAACAAUUAUUAUUAGAACAAAUUAAAAUAUCAUUAAAUGAACUUGAAAAAUAUACAUAUAUAUAUGAAUAUGAUUAUUUAAAACGUUUAAUAAAUAUUAAAAAAAAUCAAAAUUCUAUUGAUUAUUAUCAAUAUGAUUUAAAUAAUAAUUUAAAUUUAACAAAAUCAUAUCAAUCUAUUCAAUAUAAUCAAUGGAAUCAAAUAAUACAAAUAAUAACAAAUGAUAAUUUAACAUUAAAUUAUAAAUAUGAUCUAAAUGGUUUUUUACAUAUAAUAUCAAAUAAUAAAUUAUAUUUAUUUAAUUCAUAUGGUUUAUUAAUUAAAUAUAAAUAUAAUCAAUUAAUAAUUGAUUAUAUUUAUGAUAAUGAACAACGUUUAAUUAUGAAAUUAUAUCCAUUAACUGGUUAUUAUUUAAGAUUUAUAUAUGGAAAUCAACAACAACGAAAAUUAAUAACACAUAUAUAUAAUUCACAAUUAAAAUUUAUGACAAUUAUUCAUUAUGAUAAUCAAAAUAAUUUAAUUGGUUUUGAACAAAAUGAUAAAAAGUUUUUUAUAUUAACUGAUUCAAUUGGUUCACCAUUAUUUAUUUAUGAUAAUAAUGGUUUAUUAAUACAAGAAAAAUUUUAUGGUUUAUAUGGACAAAUAUUAACUGAAAAAAAUUUCCAAGAUAAAAUAUUUUUUCCAUUUGGUUAUGCUGGUUUAUUAAUUGAUGAAGAUUUAAAUUGUGCUUUUGAAAAAUUUCAUGGAAAAUUAUAUGAUCUUAAUCUUGGAAGAUAUUUAGUACCAAAUUUUCCAUUAACAUGGAUAAAUAAACAAACAUAUUUACCAAAUAUUAAUAAUCCAUUGAAUGAUAUGAAUUUAUAUAAAAUUAAUGAUGAGAUUUAUAAUAUUAAUGAAAUAUUUUUUCAAAGAUUACAUCAGAAUGACAUUCUUAGUCAAUUACAAAAUCUAAAUUAUGAUUUUACAAAUCUAUAUGAUUCAAUGUUAUCUUCACCGUAUUUUAAUAAUCAAAAUACAAUUCUUGAAGAUAAUUCAUUAAUUUAUUCAUCAUUUUUUUCAUAUUUUAAUGAACAUUAUACAAUAAAUUAUCCAAAUAAAUUUACUUAUUCAAUAGCACAUAUUCAAAAUGAAAAUGAUUUUUGGAUCAAUCGUACAUUAUCAAUAAAUUCAAAUAAUCAAAUAGAAUUUAUUUCAUUUACAUUAUAUGAUGAUUUAUUUUCUAUACUUUUUAAUCAAUCAUAUUUAAUUCCAUAUCGUCAACAAAAUCAUAUAUAUGUUCUUCAGAAUUUAAAUAGUUAUCAACAAUUAAAAUCUUAUCUUAAUCAACCAUUAUUUCAUCAAUUUAAAAUAAACAUACGACAACAAACAAAUAUAAAUAAUCUUAUCGAUAUGGACUUAAUUAUAAGUAAUACAACUAUAUUUCAUAUUAAAUUUGGUUCAACAUAUGAUGAUGAAUAUCAAUAUUUAAUUGAUAAUAAUUUAUCACAAAUGAUAAAAAAUGUUUGGCAAUAUGAACGAACAUAUUUAAUGGAAAAUUUUCGUUUAUAUUAUUUAUAUACAUGGUCACAAAAUGAAAUUGAUGAAUUAAUAAGUAAUGGUUAUUUAACUAAUUAUACUAUUGUUUAUCGAUAUGAUCCAUUGAUUUAUCCAGAAAUAAUUGAUGAUCCAACAAAUUUUAUAUUUAAAAUGAAAACAUAA